UGAAAGGCCUAGUCUGCUGGGCAAAGCCUUGUCCUCCUCUGAGGCUGGGUCCUUGAAACAUAUUAAUAUUCCUAACCUUUCUUAUUUUGCGUUGUGUUUUUAAUCGCGUUAUAGGGUGAUAAGCAUUAAGAACCAUGCCGGGUACGGUGGAAAUACCCACAUUGCAGGAGCUAAACGUUGAGGAGGUGAACGUUUCGUCAGCAGUGCUGAAGGCGGCCGCCCACCACUAUGGCUCCCAGUGUGACAAAGCCAACAAGGAGUUCAUGCUGUGCCGAUGGGAGGAGAAGGACCCCAGGAAGUGUCUGGCAGAGGGCAGGAAGGUGAAUGAGUGCGCGCUGCAGUUUUUCAGGCAGAUCAAGGGCAACUGUGCCGAGUCCUUUACGGAGUACUGGACCUGCCUGGACUACUCCAACCUGGCAGAGCUACGGCGCUGCCGCAAACAGCAGCACGAGUUUGACAACUGCGUCCUUGAGAAGUUGGGCUGGGAGCGUCCCAACCUGGGUGACCUGUCCAAGGUGACGAAGGUGCAGACCAGUCGGCCUUUACCUGAAAAUUCCUAUCAUUCAAGACCGCGACCAGAACCCAAUCCCGUCAUUGAGGGGGAGCUUAAGCCUUCAAAGUAUGGCAGCCGUCUCUUCUUCUGGAAUUGGUGAUACAGCCCCGGCUGGGAGCUGCUCUGCACUAGGCUGGUGCUAGCCAGAAAGGACUUGCUUAUGUUGUACCAGUCUCUUCUGCCACCCUGACAAGGGUAAUAAAACAGAAG